AUGUCCAAUUAUGCCAAAAGCCAAGGCAGAGAGAGCACAGAGAAGGAUCCUAAACUCGGUGCCGUCCGGUGUCGAAUUGACGAUGAAGAACCCGAGGCCGACACGUCCAAACCAUCCGCCAUCUUUCAACCGACUGGCGGCCGUUCUCACACCCUCAGCGUCGCCCUCCCAGGAAGUAUCAUAGCGAAUGCCAAAUCCCAUGACCAAAAGACUUAUUUGGCUGGUCAAAUCGCACGAGCAUUGGCGGUUUUCUGUGUCGACGAGAUUGUUAUCUUCGACGAUGAAGACGUGCCCUCGCAGAAUAAGCGACCAGCUAUUGGAGAGAACGACUAUACCGCCUUCUCUCAUCCCGACCAUUUUCUCGCGCAUAUUCUCUCAUACCUAGAAACACCACCUCAUCUGCGCAAGUCGCUGUUCCCCAUGCACCCGAACCUUCGCACAGCAGGGGCGUUACCUAGCCUGGACAUGCCACACCAUCUCCGCGCGAACGAGUGGUGUGAAUACCGCGAAGGCGUCACUGUGACCCCUUCACCUGGCGGGAACGGGACUCUUGUAGACGUCGGUCUUCCUGAGCGACGAGACAUUCCUGACGCUGAGAUCGCCGGCGGAACCCGAGUGACCGUACAUCUGCAAGAUCCUCAAUUCAAGAUUGCCAAAGCAGUUUCUCCUAGUGCGCCGAGGGAAAUCAAAGGAUACUACUGGGGCUAUACUGUACGGCAAUGCAGCAGUCUGUCCAAUGUAUUCACCGAGUGUCAAUUCGACGGAGGGUAUGAUGUCUCGUUUGGAACUUCGGAGAGGGGAGAGCCCGUGAGCAGAGUGCUAGCGAGUCCACCUUUCUCAUCCCCAGACACCCUUGACUUCCAGCACAUUCUUGUCGUCUUUGGCGGCGUGGCAGGUUUGGAGACGGCAGCGAGAAAUGAUCCUGAGUUGCAGAAGAUGGGACUCACCGGAAAGAACGUGAGCAAACUUUUUGAUUACUGGGUGAACGUGCUCCCUGGUCAAGGGAGUCGAACGAUCAGAACAGAAGAAGCUGUCUGGCUCUCCCUGAUGACCUUGCGAGAAUUGAUGGACCGAAUUGAGAAAAAAUACAAACGAGAGGGAUAA